AUGGCCUGUAAAGCACAUGUAACGCACAGUCGGGUUGCUCACGCAGCGGAUCUCUCUCGUACUAUAGAUAGAGAGAGGUAUGCCUAUGGAAGAUCAAGUCCUCAUUAUCAAAUUCCACUGGUAGGAGCUGGUACUCUGACCCAAUCUCUAGUAGAGGUUAUUUUUGCUUUCGAUGGGGUUUUUUCCUUGGUCUUGAGGUUUAGUGAACUCUUUUUUCAAAAGCACGAAAAGCUGCGUAAGCGGAAACAAGAGAAGCAGAGGAGAGGUAGGGAGAGAGGGAAAAUUUAUAAUCCCGAUCCAUGCAAUAACAUCAUUUUGAGUCCAUUUAAUUUGAAUUGGUAUUUUAUCUAUCACAAUUAUUGUGAAAAGACAUCUACAAAAAUAAGUAUUGGACAGUUUAUUUGUGAAAAUUUAUGUAUAACCAAAAAUGAGCCACACCUAAAAUCGGGUCAAGUUCUAAUUGUUCAAGUUGACUCUGUAGUAAUACGAUCAGCUAAGCCCUAUUUGGCUACCCCAGGAGCAACGGUUCAUGGCCAUUAUGGAGAAAUUAUUUAUGAAGGAGAUACAUUAGUUACCUUUAUAUAUGAAAAAUCGAGAUCUGGUGAUAUAACGCAGGGUCUUCCAAAGGUGGAACAGGUAUUAGAAGUGCGCUCAAUUGAUUCAAUAUCAAUGAAUCUAGAAAAGAGAAUUGAGGGUUGGAACGAACGUAUAACAAGAAUUCUUGGAAUUCCUUGGGGAUUCUUGAUUAGUGCUGAGCUAACUAUAGCGCAAAGCCGUAUCUCUUUGGUUAAUAAAAUCCAAAGGGUUUAUCGAUCCCAGGGAGUGCAGAUCCAUAAUAGGCAUAUAGAAAUUAUUGUACGUCAAAUAACCUCAAAAGUGUUAGUUUCAGAAGACGGAAUGUCAAAUGUUUUUUUACCCGGAGAACUCAUUGGAUUGUUGAGGGCAGAACGAAUCGGGCGUGCUUUGGAAGAGGCAAUUUGUUACCGAGCCAUCUUAUUGGGAAUAACAAGAGCAUCUCUGAAUACCCAAAGUUUCAUAUCGGAAGCGAGUUUUCAAGAAACUGCGCGAGUUUUAGCAAAAGCUGCUCUUCGAGGUCGUAUCGAUUGGUUGAAAGGCUUGAAAGAAAAUGUUGUUUUAGGAGGACUCAUACCCGUUGGUACUGGGUUUAAAGGAUUAAUGGACCCUUCAAGGCACCAUAACAAUAUUCCUUUGGAAACCAAAAAGAAGAAUGUAUUCGAGCGAGAAAUAAGCGAUAUUUUGUUUCACCACAGAAAAUUAUUUGAUUCUUGUCUUUCAAAGAAUUUCCAUGAUAUAUCAGAACAGUCAUUUAAUUUUCUAAAUGAUUCCUAAGAGUGAGUUGAUCCUUUUAACUA